UGCAUUUUCAUUUGAAGCGGAGCAGAGCCCGCAGGGCCAUUGGGGCUGCCCGGGGUAUGGCCCAGAGUGUGGUCUAUGCCGACCUGAAGUUUGCAGCACGGCCCCCAUCCACCGUGCCCAACGACGAUGACAGUCCGUACGAGAACGUGCCGCUGGGACCGGUGACAGCAGAGCCCAGCCCAGGGCGCUGGACACGGCCGUGGCGCGUCCCCACAGCGCUGCUGGUAACCAGCCUGCUCCUGCUGCUGCUGCUGCUGGUGGCCGUGGUGGCCCUGGGGGCCUGCCACUGGCAGGUCACCCGCAGCCUACAGGACUCCUCCCGUGAGCACAUGGCCGAGCAGGGCCGCCUGUCACAAGAGCUGAGGGCCCAGGAGCAGAGCCUGAAGCAGACACAAUUGGAGCUGGAGUGGGCCAGAGGAGAGCUGCAGCGAGCGUGGCGUGAGGGCAACAUCAGCCAGAUGGAGCUGAAAAGCAGGAAUGCAGAGCUGGGGCAUGCCCAGCAGGAGCUGGCUGUGUUGCAGGAGGAGAUGCAGGUGGUGCAGGGGAAGCUUAACACCAGUGAGAGGACAGUGAGCAGCCUACGUGCCUGCGUGAACACAGAUUGCUGCCCUUUUGGCUGGGUACUCUUCAAGAGCAAGUGUCUCUACAUCUCAGUGACAAACAAGACCUGGGAGCAGAGCAAGGAAUACUGUGUACGGAGAUUUGCUCAGCUGCUAGUCCAAGAUGAGUGGACACCACUGACAGUGCCGUAUUUUGUGCAUGCAUCUAAGGCAUACUACUGGAUUGGAGGAAGACUUCCUUAUGGGGCAAGGAGACCUAUGUGGAUGGACAGCGAACGUUCCUCGAAACACCACACUCCAUACUGCUGGUCACUAGUUAAUGGAGAAAUGUGGAAUCAGCCGUGUGACAAAACCUACCCAUGGAUCUGCGAGAUAUCCCCAAAGCUGAGCAGUGCAUCUGAGACUCGUCCUCUUUUUCUGGCCAAGGACUGACUGCUGCCACCCCGGCUCCAUCACUGGACUCAGGUACAGGACCUGGAUGUGAACCCUGAGAUCCUGUCCCUGGUGCACGCUUUGCCUCAAUUGCAUUGCAAAACUGCUAGGGAAAAGUGUCUCUAUUUUAAAGCAAGGAUUAUGGAAAAUAGACCUUAUUCCCCUCUCCCGCACUCAUGCAAACACAUAUUAUACUGCUUCGUACUGUGCCACUGCAUGUCCCUGUGUGCCCUGGCCAAUGCAGCUCCAGUAUAGAGCCCAGCUCCCACCUUCUUUGUUACCCCAAGACUGCCAGGGGUGCAGGAUCUGCUAUUUGCAUAUUUUUGGAAUUGGAGGAUGACACACUGAUGUCCUCAACCUGUCCAUUUCGAGGAGACCUGUGGAUUUACAGCCUGUCCCUUCUCUCAGCAUUGACAGCUCUCAUCCUGCCCUUUCUUCUGCCUUCAUCACCUGUCCAGGGCUGGGUCCUGCCUGGAAAGGGUGCUGACAGUGGGGCCAUCAGCAUGAGAAAAUGCUGGGAAGCCCAGAGACCAUUCAGGAAGUGAGGGAGUGCUGGGGAGCUUUGAGAACAUGGUGGAUGAAUGAGGAAACUCUGAAACCAUGGGAGGAAAAUGAAGGCAAUGAAGAGUCCUAAGACAGUGGGAGAUGAAUGUGGGAAUCCUGAGACCAUGGAAAGAAAUGGAGCGGCGUGGAACUGCAAAUGAGGAUGAUUCUGAAAAAAUGGAGGUGCACUGAUAAGACAGUGGGAGAGAGGAAGGAGCACUAGGGAGACUUGGGAACAUGGGGAAAAAGGGAGACCCCUCCCACCAAGGGGGAAAGAUUCCUAAGAAUGUGGGACCUUAUCUGCCAAAGGAGUGUGAUGAGAGACCCCAGUCCAGGACCCAGGGUGACCCUCCUUGCCUCAGUCGGUGUUUCUGCAGAGAGGGGAAUGUGCUGGCAACAAUUUUGCUAAGCUGGACCUGUGACAGCCAGCAUGGCUUCUCCACAAGUCCUGCCCAGCAAACCCAGUGGCCUUCCACAAUGGAGCGGUUGCAUCAGGGAACAAGGGAAGGGCUACACAUGUCAUCUGUCUGGACUUCUGUAAAGCCUUCAACACAGUCCUCCUCUAAACCUGAGAUAAGUGGAUUCAAUGGGUGAACUGUUCAGUGGAUAAGGCUGGACAGCUCCAUGCAGAAGAUAGUGCUCAAUGGCUCCAUGUCCUCAUUGGGCACUAGUGAUGAUGUUUGCCCUCAGGGAUUCCCCUUGGGACCAAUGUUAUUUAGUACUUUUGUCAACAAUGUGAACAGUGGGAUGAACUGCACCCUCAGCAAGUUUGCAGGUGACACCAAGCUGAGGUGGUUUGACACACCUGAAGGACAGGAUGCCAUCCAGAGGAACCCAGAAAAGCUCAAGGAGUGACCCACGGGAACACCAUGAGGUUUAACAAGGCCAAGUGCUGGUGAUGCACAUGGGCUGGGACACAUCCCCUGGUACCAGCACAGGCUGGGCAUGAGCAGCCCCAGAGCAGCCCUGCCCAGAAGGACUUGGGGUGCUGUGGGUGAGAGGCUGCACAUGCCCUGCCAUGGCACUCCCAGCCCAGAGAGCCAAACGUGUCCUGGGCUGCAUCCAGAGUCCCGUGGACAGCAGGGCAGGGAGGGGAUUCUGCCCCUCUGCUCUGCUCUGCUGAGACCCACCUGGAGCACUGCAUCCAGCUCUGGGCUCCCAGCACAGGAGGGACAGGGACCUGCUGGAGUCAGCCCAGAGGAGGCCACCAAGAUGAUCAGAGGGCUGCUGAGAGGAGAAUUGGGAUUGUUCAGCCUGGAGAAGAGAAGGCUUCAGGGAAAACUUACUGUGGCCUUCCACUACCAAAAAUGCCUAUGAGAAAUCUGGAGAGAGACUUUACACAAGGGCUUGUAGCAAAAGCACAAGGGGAAAUGGCUUCAGACUGAGAGGGCAGCUCCUAGGAGAGCUUCUAUAGAAUGAGGCUGGUGGAGCCAGCCCAACGGCAUGGCAAGGCUGGGACAGGAUUGCAGGUCCCCUACAGUCUCAGCUAUCAUGCAUAGCAAAGACUUGCUGUAUCUGGCUUGUCCUGGAGAGUCCAGAUGUCCUCCCUACUCCUAAAGCCCUGAGCUCCAGCCCCCACUGCCCACAGUGUCGCAGUUGCCACUGUGAGGACACACUGCAGACCCCAUGCAGCCUCUGGUCCUUGUUUCCCUAGACUGGUUCAGCAUGGCUACUUUCUUGCCCAUCUUGAUAUGUGGCUUCUCCUUUCUUCCCAGAUGCAGGAUUUGCACUUUUACCCACUCCACUUAUCAGCAGCCUCACAUCAAACCAUUUCUCCAGGCCUCUCUGUACCCCAGUCCUGCCCUCCAGCAUGCACAUUACUAGUUUGGUAUUGCCCCCAGCUGCCUGAGGCCACCCCCUACCCACCAUCCAGGGCACUGAUGAAGGCUCCAAGGAGCACAAACCUCAGGAUCAAUCCUUCAGUGACUGCAUUCAGGGAAACAAGGGUGUUACUGACACCCACUGUAGCCCUCACACCAUUCAGGUUUUCCACCCAAACUCUUCUCUUCUCCUCUACUCCUAACCUCAUAUACCCCACUUUGCCAGAGAGGAGACCAUGGAAAACCAAGUCGCAGACCUGAAAGGUUCAUUAUAAACAUCCCCCACUGCUCUCCCCUUAUGCAUAGCCCAUUGUUGCCACAGCAGCAGGCAGGUCAGACAGGCAUUGCCUGCCCAUGGUAAAUCCUGCCUGGCUUUCUCCAUCUGCACUGGAUGGUCACAUGCCCAGAAGGUGUGCUACAUCUUCUUCCUGGUAUCGAGGCAGGACAACAAAGCUCAGCUACAGACAGGUGAUGGAGGGAUAAGAAAGGGCAAGACAGGAGCCAGCAGCAAAUAGUGGCAGAGGCAAGGGGCAGCCAGGAAAACUAACAGAGUCCUCAAAGGGACAGCAAUGACACCAUCUUACCUACCUUCACCAAACCACCCCCAGUGGAAGGCAGCAGAGGUGGGCUGGAAGGCUGGUACAGACAUCCCCUUGUUGAGGAACACCUCUGCUCCAGGCAGCUGAGCUUGCAAGGUGCAGUUAGAGAUGCAAAUGAAAAAGCAGACUGAGCUUGGGGUGGGAGCCUGAGGCAAGAGGCUGUGAGCUGCCAGCCUUUGGGAUAGCAAAGGGCAGGAGGAUGAGCAGUGACAGACAGACACAUGGACAUCGAGAGACACAGCAGGAGCUAGGAACCGCUGACCUUUUGCAUAAUGAAGGAGAGGGAUGAUGAAAGCAAGGUGGAUGGACACAGAGAGGGGGCAGGAGAAGAGAAGAAGAGGAGCAAGGCUUGAGCACAAGCAAAUAUUGAGGGGAUAAAAGCCCAGGUGUUCCUCUGUUGGGCAUCCCUCCUCAGAGGAAGCAUCUUGAGCUGUUUCUGUGUUACUGUGCUGUGAAUAAAUAGCUUUGUGGAACAAGA